CGCAUGGACGCCUGGUGUGAGUGCGAGUACAGCAGGCUCGCCCAGACUCAGCGCAUUGCCGCGUUCGUGGAGCGAAGUAGAAAAGAGUACGCGACGACCACGACCACGGCGGCGCGAGGUGAAGUAGUAGGAAGCGCAGAGGUGUUGCAGCGCGAAAAUAAUCCUAAUCCACCUCCUCGUCCACCACGGGGCUCAUAUAGUGCAACAACCUCUACCAGCGCAGCGGUACCACUUGCCGGGGAGGCCGGAUUUGUGAAUCAAACGCCUGCUACAUCGACAGCAACCUGUUGCGCCGCCGCCGGGGGCAAACAAGACGGAAGUAAGGUUGUUGGAGACGUGGAUCCAGCGCUUCCAGAAGCGGCGGGACUACCGAGAUUUACGCGCGCACGCAUCUGGCUCGAUGUGUACUUGUGGCUGACCGAAAAGUUGCCGAUCACCGCGGCGGGCGGUGCUAGUACUACCGAGGAGCAAAAGCGAACCGAAAAAUGUGAACGGGUGCUUCGCUAUUUGCUGCACGGCUUCGAAGUUUCGUUGGCGGAAGAAAUGAAAGCCCGAUCGACCUCCCUCAUUCGGACCGGAGAUCAGGAAGUCACCGGGAGAGAACAAAAUAUAAUCACAUCCUGCGAAUCGAAAUCGUCCCUCUCGACAGGUGCGGCUGGCAGCUCCUGUGCGCCGUGUUUGGUAACAUCGCCACAGAAAUUAUCGACCACAAGACGGGCAAAGAGUGAAGAAGAGACUCAUCAUGGUUCUUCGGAGAAGAUGCUCCUGCGCGUUGUGGAGAAGGAGCAAGAAUUGUCACUGGAGGAGCAGGUGCACGCCCUGCAGCCAAAUUUGCGUGAGCUCGCGGAGGAAAUAAAACUCAACCAUAGGCAUUGUUCGGCCUUGGGCAAAGCUGCUUCGGAGGAUGUGUCCGCGGCUUUGAAACUGUUGCAGAAAUACAACAAUGGGCGAAUAGACACGAUUUCGUCCGCUACCGCUUCCGUAGUCUCAACAGGCAACGUGAUACUCCCCGCGGCUUCGGCAGUUUAUUCCGACACGGAGUUCAUCGUGGAGCGAAAAGAUGAAAGUGCUCGCUGCCAACCGGUUGGGGCCGCCACGUCAACCAUGGCGACGACGAUCAAUCAACACGUUGGGUACGCCUUGUGUGCGUGGUUCAACCUACUUCUUUCGCAGCUCCGUGGGGGACCUCACCUGAAUUGGGCUUCCGCGGCCUUGCUAGAACAGGAGGACGGGGAGAAGGAAGAGUCUGCGCAAAGUCGGUUCUUGAAGAAAAUGCGAAGGAGCACAGUCACUUCGAUGCAGCAGAUGAUGACCGCCAUUCGAAAGAAAACGGGCAAGAAUAAAACAGCGGCCGCACUGGUGGUGCACGAGCCCCCGUCCGACUCUCACGGGCAGAAGAUCACAGGGAACAUUGUUUCUGCUCGCGAGGACGUGUCCGAGAAUGAUGCGGAGAAAGAAGCCGACAGCAACAUCAAGCAGCUGGAGUUGCAAGCAGAGACGUCGGUGUCUUUACAAGAGCGUCCAAAGUCCACGACUCUUGAGGGUCAAAAUGAGAUAAACGUCGGAGCUCCUUCUACGACCACAUGUCUCACUAGUCUCGUGACGCCAAAGUCGCUAACGACCGCACGCCCCCAGCAGAGCAGGACCGUUAGUACAACGGACGAACACCAGCACAUGGUUUCUACCUCUACCAGUUCCACAGACGAACAGAAAUUUGAUUUUCGCCGGUUGAACGAUUUGGGUGUGCUGAGUUCGAUGGCUGACAUGCUGGCGUGUAGGUUUGACGCAGCACUCGCGGAGUCGUUUAGGGACUUUGCAAAGCGUUUUCGGCUGUUGGCGGCCGAAGCCGCGACCACCUGCCUCACGCCGCUACUAACUUCGCCUCCCUGCCUCCGGCUGCGAAAAAACCUCUGGAAAGAGGCCAGCAGUGGUCCGUGCACGUCGAUUUCCAGUUGCUUUGCCAAGCUUUUUUUAUGGGCACACGACUUUCUGCUGCGGAGCCAAGCGCAAAUGGCGUCCCCAACCAGCUUCCAUUCCUUGCUUGAUGCCACCGCGCGGUUGCUGUUGAUCCGGCCCUCGUUGAGGGGACUGCUGGUACACGCUCCGUUGCGUCGUUUGGAGCGACAGUUUCUGGGCGUCAAGCCGGAGGAGAGAGACCUCAGUGUCGCACAACUUCUGUUACAGCAGGAAACCCUACUGCAGCGGGUGUUUUUCAACAACUUUCAGCUUCAAUAUCCGAAAAGUUCGACUAGCAGCGGAACAAGGGUCGUCGUCGUUGCACCUCCUCUUGGAGGGGAUAAUGAUAAAGAGGCUUUUUCGCAAAAAUCUUCCACCUCGUUUGCUGCCUCACAGAUGACGUUUGCGAAAGGUGGGUCCACCUCGUCCUGCAAGAACUACCAGUUGCGCCCGCUGGAGCUAGUGCGGCGGGUUCUGCAAGAGGAAGAGACAGCUGACGUUGGAUUGGUGUACGUGGACCUGCGAAACGAAUUUCCCGCGUUUACUCUGAAAGCGAUGCAAAGACUCCUCAGCUGGCGCGACCGCGACACGCGUCCCCAGCGCCAGGAAUUGGCCCGCGAGAUCCACCUGCUCGAGAAGGCCUUGCUGCUCGAACGCAGAAAUACCAAGAAAGACGGAGGACGGGGAGAAGGUUCGUCUACCUCCGCGGAGAAUUAUCCACCGAACGAUACGGCCUGCGCAUCCGCCUGGAAUCACGACGUCGCUGCACCCGGGCAGGAACAGGAUGACAUCUUUUUCGGUCUGCUGCAGUGAACAAAAUGAAAACGUCGAAACAGUUGAUGUUCACUAGAUAGAAGACGGUCUGCUUUAUUUCCAUGUCCUCCGAUAGAAAUAGAAUAUUGAUUGUGUGUGAUUGUAUAUGUAUUCAUCAUCGAGAUGCCUGGAAGUAAUGAUCGAUCCAUCGUUUCAGGAGCGAGAAAUUGCUGAUUGCUCCUCCCGCAUAGCCGAGCUGAUCGAUUUCCAAAGAGCUGGAUGGAAGCCUCGGAGCACCAUCGGCGUCGGCGGCCUCAAGGAAAUGAGCCUCAGGGGUUUGUGAAGUUGAAGGAAGCUGCAGACAGAUGGAAAUUGAUGGCGUUGGCACUAUUUGCGUCUCUAUCUAGACUAUCACGCCAGUCACUCUUCAUUUCGAGACUUCUGACAAUUCAAGUUCCAAAUAUUGACCUUCAAAAAUCGACAAGCAGUGAGAAGCCACCCACUCGGUCACUUUUUCUUGUGUGCGAAUUUCAAGCAAAGAACUUGACUUUCUUCGAGAUCGUUGAUUGACUGUAGACGUCUUCUACUUCCUCUCGCCGUUGCUAGUUUCUCACUCUAUAGGUAUAAUGCAAAUGUUGGCGCUCCAUUGUGGAAAGAGCUUGCGUGGUGUCGCCGCGACCUGGCUAAGGAUGGAAUGUGACAGUGCGCCUACUUGAGCGACGCUGGUCGCCGUUUCGUGCGUGGCUGAGGGAUAUGGUAUUGGAGUGGUAGACUGCUCUCGAGGGCGAACAAAAGCUGGCGAGGGGCGUGCUAAUGCUUCUCCAGCCGCGCGACAGUUCCGGAGAGUGAGAACGUUUGCGACUGCAAGAGAGUUUUGGAAAACGAAGCCGCUGGUUGGAAGUGCACGCACCAAGUGCGCGCCUGUUGGUAUCCUAAGC